GCACAGCGAGGCACCGGGGCUGCCGGCUGCAGGGGGGGCGUUCAUGCACCCCUCCUGCCCUGCCCGCUGCCGCACAGCCCCCCAGCACGACGGAGGGGCCGGGGGGGUCCCUUCGGGCUUUUUCGGGGUCCUUUUGGAUUUUUUGGGGGGGUCUUUUUUUUUUUUUUUUUUUUUUUUUUUUUUUUUUGGCUUUUGGGUUUUGUGUUUUUUUUCCAUCCCCGCCGGAGGGAAGAGGGGGAAGAACUUGACAGCUCCGCUCCUCUCCUUUAAUUUUUGAGAUUUUUUUUUUCCCUGGUGUGUUCUUUUUUUUUUUAUUAUUUUUUAAUUUUUUUUCCCGACGGGUGAAUUUUUGUGAGACCUCGCUCGGGGCUCUGACUUCUCGGUGGCGAGGCUCCUUUCCCCCGGCGGAGGUGAUGAUGGUGCAUUGUGCGGGCUGCGAGAGGCCGAUCCUGGACCGCUUUCUGCUCAACGUCUUGGACAGGGCAUGGCACAUCAAAUGCGUCCAGUGCUGCGAGUGCAAGUGCAACCUGACCGAGAAAUGCUUCUCCAGGGAAGGCAAACUCUACUGCAAAAAUGACUUUUUCAGGAGGUUUGGUACCAAAUGCGCCGGCUGCUCCCAAGGCAUCUCCCCCAGUGACCUGGUCCGGAAAGCGCGGAACAAAGUGUUCCACCUGAACUGUUUCACCUGCAUGGUUUGCAACAAGCAGCUCUCCACGGGCGAGGAACUCUAUAUCAUAGACGAGAACAAAUUUGUUUGCAAAGAGGAUUAUUUGAACUCCCCCACCCUGAAGGAAGGCAGCCUCAACUCAGUGUCCUCAUGUACAGACAGGAGUUUGUCCCCGGAUCUCCAGGACCCCAUGCAGGACGACCCCAAGGAGACGGACAACUCCACCUCGUCGGACAAGGAGACCACCAACAACGAGAACGAGGAGCAGAACUCGGGCACCAAGCGCCGGGGGCCCCGCACCACCAUUAAGGCCAAGCAGCUGGAGACCCUCAAAGCCGCCUUCGCCGCCACCCCCAAGCCCACCCGGCACAUCCGCGAGCAGCUGGCGCAGGAGACCGGCCUCAACAUGAGAGUCAUCCAGGUCUGGUUCCAGAACCGCCGGUCCAAGGAGCGCCGGAUGAAGCAGCUGAGCGCGCUGGGCGCCCGCCGGCACGCCUUCUUCCGCAGCCCCCGCAGGAUGCGGCCCCUGGGCGGCCGCCUCGACGAGUCCGAGAUGCUCGGCUCGACGCCCUACACGUACUACGGAGAUUACCAAGGUGACUACUACGGGCCGGGAGGCAACUAUGACUUUUUCCCCCACGGGCCCCCCUCCCAGGCCCAGUCCCCGGCCGACCCCAGCUACCUUCAGAACUCAGGACCCGGCUCCACGCCCCUGGGACCCUUGGAGCCCCCCCUAAGCGGACACCACUCCUCAGAAAACCAAAGGUACACGGAUAUGAUCUCGCACCCCGACACCCCCAGCCCCGAGCCGGGGAUGACGGGCUCGCUGCACCCCAUCCCGGGGGAGGUCUUCAGCGGGGGGCCGAGCCCCCCCUUCUCCAUGUCCAGCAAUAGCGGCUACAGCGGGGCGCUCGCGCACCCCAACCCGGAGCUGAGCGAGGCGGCGGUGUGGUAGA